UCCAUCAUUUCCCUAUCCUCAUCCUUGCUGCAUGCUCAUAGUUUUCUUCUUUCUGUUUCCUUGUUCUUUGACUCCUUCAAUUCAUUCCAUCGUAAAACAGUGAGCUCUUUGGGUUGUAGAGUAAAGAUGCCAACACUCAAAAUCUGCAUGGUUUUCUUUCUAACUAUGUGUACGAUGGCCUGUGUCUCAUGGGCAUCAUCACUCAAAGUUGGCUUUUAUAGGACAAGCUGUCCUUCUGCAGAAGCAAUUGUGAGAAAAGCUGUAAGCAAAGCUGUGUCACGUAAUCCUGGCAUAGCUGCUGGCCUCAUUAGAAUGCAUUUCCAUGACUGUUUUGUUAGGGGUUGUGAUGCCUCUGUACUGCUAGAUUCAACCCCUGGAAAUCCAUCAGAGAAAGAGCAUCCAGCCAACAAUCCAAGCUUGAGAGGCUUUGAAGUGAUCGAUGAGGCAAAGUCUGAAAUCGAAGCUCAAUGCCCUCAAACUGUCUCGUGUGCAGACAUUCUAGCCUUUGCUGCUCGUGAUAGUGCUUAUAAUGUAGGUGGCAUAAAUUAUGCGGUUCCAUCUGGACGUCGUGAUGGCAGAGUAUCACUAAAAGAUGAGCCUUCCCUGAACCUGCCCCCACCUUCCUUCAAUGCCAAGGAACUGGAAGAAAAUUUUGCACGGAAAGGCCUUAACCUUGAUGAAAUGGUCACACUUUCAGGGGCACACUCAAUAGGCGUGUCGCAUUGUUCUGCCUUCUCAACUCGCUUAUACUCUUUCAAUGCAACACAUUCGCAAGACCCUUCAAUGGACCCCAUAUUUGCUAGACACUUAAAAGCUAAGUGCCCCCCACCAUCAAAUUCAGGAAAUGGACGUGAUCCUACAGUGCCGCUGGAUGUUCUUACACCAAACAGGCUCGAUAAUAAGUACUACACAGACUUGAAGAACCGCCAUGGUGUGUUGACGUCUGAUCAGACUCUUUUGAGCAGCCCUUCAACGGCAGGGAUUGUGAGGAACAAUGCAAGGAAUGGCGCAGCAUGGUCUAACAAGUUUGCGGCGGCUAUGGUGAAAAUGGGUUCGAUUGAUAUUCUCAAGGGAAGCCAGGGUGAGGUCAGGAAAAACUGCCGGGUUGUCAACUAGAUUAUCUGGUGUUCAUGAUUGGCGUACGUGGAUAGAUCGAGGAAAUUAAAUAUUGUCUGUAUUCUUUUGUUUAUUUUUUCUGUUCUUUUCAUUUUUAACUUGAUCAAGUGUGAAUCUGCUUUGCCAAAGUUUC